AUGCAGGACUGUUAUCCCCUGAAGCCGAUACUGUUUUAUCCGCUAACGUUCCUAAUUGGGAAGAACAAUAAAAUUUGGAAGGAGUCCCCAAAAAAGAAUUCAUUAUUGGGGAAGAGAAAAAUCACAAGCGAUGAAGAAAAAAAGAAGACCUUCUCGGUUUUCACCUUUUCCGACACGGUUCUUUGCGCAAUGUACAUUGCCCUGGAUGGCCAAGAGGCAGUUAUGACAAAGUCGGAAAUCUAUCGAAUGGGAUUCAGAAGACCCCAUUUAACGGAGGACGGAGAAUUGGCCUUUCACCCAAAAAAAGGUAGUAGCAGAGAUACAGAUUUGUCACCAGCAAUUCAAAAAAUAUAUAAAGAUAUGGAAAGAUGUUUCUCGAAAAAGUACACAAAUCUGUUGACUGAAAGGGAUAAAAAAAGGUGGAUUAAAAAUGUGAUGCUUUUUAGAAAUUACAACUCGCAAGAUAUGACUGAUGAAGAAUUGAGCGAAAGGAUUGAUAAAUUAAAAGGGCCUGUAGAUACUAAGACCAUGAUUUUUGUGUGGAAUUAUGUCCACGACCAUGAGAAGAAAAAAUAUAUUCUCAUGGUGGAAGGCAUGCGAGAAACAUGCAGAAGAUUGGCUGACUAUUACAAUGUCCCCUGGGAGUACGAAACGGAGAAAUUUAGAUACGUUCACGAUAAAAUGAUAAAAAUGUUAAUGAAAAGAGAAAAUUUUGAAAUAAAAAACAUCAAGGAUUUUGCUACUGAUGAGCCUAUAUGUGCCAGAUGGGAAUUUCAGAGGUACCUAAAACUUAAGCGGAGGUCAUGGGCCGAUUUUACUCGGCGUAUGGAAAGAAAGUGGACCAAAAAGUUGCAGCAUUCAUUUAGGAGCGGUAAAUACAUGGGCAUGUAUUGGAUGUGA